UGAUGCAGGUCUAAAAAGUGUGUCGCCAACAUGAAAAGUUUGGAAAACUCUGCUCUAGGGUAUAGAGAAGCUCUUUAAUAGAAGGGACCAUGGCAACCAUAACCCUGAUGAAGGUAGAACUGGGACGUACCUGCAGGAGAAGGGCGGGGUGGAUGGAUAUGACCAAGCAAAUAAGAUCAAAGGUCCAACAGCAACAAAUGACACUCUUUAAAAUUCUGAGCAAGCUUCCUGGUUGACUGAGUAGAACUCGAACACCCGACAGGGAAAGCAGAAUCUGCAGGGUCGGGAAAUACAUAGCUGCAUUGCUCAGCAUGGACAAUCAAGCAUUCGUGGCUAUUCCUCACCAUGGUGUGAUGGCCAGCCACCCAAACCAGAUUUUGUACCCAACUGGUGCCAUGCAUUUGGGUGGCCAGCCCCUCGGAACAGGCUAUCCAGGGAGCCAUCUCUAUGGAGGAACUGAGCCAGCUGGUAACUUACGUACAGAACGCAAAGGAGAACCCAGGGUGCUAGGGGCUAUCCAGAUUCUGAUUGGCUUGGUUCACAUUAGUUUUGGGAGCCUCUUGACCCUUCUCUUGGACAGAAGCCGAUCAUACACUGUGCUCUCUGGAUACGUGUACUGGGGCGGACUCAUCUUCAUCAUUUCCGGAUUUGCAUUGGCGAUAACUGAGCAUAACAGAUCAUCCCUACAGAUGAAAGUCAGCGCAUGCCUGAACAUUGUGAGCACUCUUGCUGCAACUGUUGGGAUAAUUGUUCUCCUCAUAGAUGAAAAUGUUUUUCCUGUUUAUUAUACGCCCUCUGACUUAAUACACCUGAGAGUAGCCCUAGGACUUUUAAAUGUCAUCUUGAUCUUUGCCGUCCUGGAGUUCUUCAUUGGAAUGGUCUCUCUAAGUUUUGGGUAUGAAGCAAUAUUCUGUCGAGGUGAAGAGGCAAUAUAUGAUGUGCCAGAUGCAGUCAUACCACACCAAGGAAAUCUUCUGCCAAUAGGUCCUCCUCCAUCUUAUGAAGCAUAUGCCAACCCGUGCUAUGAACCCUCAAGCCAGGGAGAAUAGAAAAGCCAGGAUGAGAUUCCUAAGAACAAUUACACCCAGUUCAGGUCUUCUGGAAUGCCAAGUCAAUCACAAACUUCAGAUGUGUCUCUGCUGUGUUAUGUACAUAGUCUUGGGAGAAAGGCCUGGGAAUAAGAAGGCAUGUCUCUUUGAAACUCCACUGUUGCUGGCACAAUGUCCUAGCUUCCCCAUUGUAAAGCAACCUACCUGUCGCGAUUCAAGCAUUCUUCAGCCAGAGAUAGACUGAUCAAUCUGAUUCUGUCCUCUCUCAGUUUCGCUGGCUUCAAAUCAUAGGUCUGUUCCAUGUGGUUGUUGUAUAGACUUUUUUGUUGCUCAAAGGAUGGACAAAAAGUUUCUAUUUAAAUUGUGCACAUUUUGUAUGCACCUCUUAUGUCAAACUGACACUCUUUUCAUCAAAUAUGCAUUUCCCAAUACUUUUCAAUGCAUUUGCCUGUAAAAUGUGAAUUUUGUAAAAAAAAUUAAAUUUAAAAUAUGUGUGCCCUUUACACACACCAAUAAUGCACUGCAGAAUCCUUAUAAAGCUGUGACCUGACUGGGAGUUGUAUUCUGAUCUGCAAGCAAGUCCAGCCUUGUCUAGGGUUGCCAUGUUUCAAAAAGUGAAAAUCCAGACAGAAAAGUUGUAGAACUAUUUUUUGGCAAACGUUUUGAGCUAUUCCUGAGGGAAAUCAGCAAAAAUGACCUUGCUGACAUGGAUUUUCCAGGAUAUUUAGCCAAUUUCCACACGGACACUGCUUGUGACUGCAGUAUUCUGGAUAUGUCUGGGAAAUUAUGGACUUAUGGCAACCCUAGCCUUGUCAGAUUGGUUGAGUUCACUGCAAAACAAAUUCUUCCUCUGUUCUUACCAUACAUGCACUGGAAUUUCUUCCUGGUUAUUCUCAUCUAUGAGGACGGGGGGAGGAAAUCUCUUCCAGUUCUCAUAUUUUAGUGAACAAAAACCCCAGGGAAAAAAAUCAAUUUUCAACUAUCACAGAAAAUAGCACUAAACUUGCACUGUAUUCCUGGAAGUGGCUUUUAGGAAAGUUCAAAUAUAAUGCAGAAGGGAACAGUUAUGGAAACAGAAUAAACUAGCAUUAUGGAUGCAGCCUAAUUUAGUAUAAGGUAGCAUCCUGUGUCCCUUUGAGAAAUAUAAUGAAGUUCAAUGC